AUGUACCAACACUCUAUCACACCUGGUGAGGUGGAAAAUUCCAAGAAGUCGACCCUCCACCGCUUACCCCCUGAGAUCGUUCUCCUCAUUGUACAACAUCUCAAGCCGUUUGAAUUGGAGUGUUUAAGAUAUGUGUGCCGGCUGUUUUAUCACAAUUAUCCUACCACGAGGUUGCUCACGACACAGGGGAAGUUCGAACUCCAAUGCCUCCUGGAGCGUGAGCCUGGGUUGAAAAAAAUGGCUUGCAGGAUGUGCUGGAGUAAGAGGCAUGACAAAUCCAUGUUCUACCCGCUAGACUGGGAUCAGAAUCCGCAUUAUCGCAAGUGCAAAAGAUAUCGGAGAGGGUUGUUGCAAUUUUGUCCUUAUCAAAGUGCGAGCUUUGAUGAUGUGGUGCACCUCAGCAAGUCUAGUAAUCGAGCUUACCAGUUUCCAAAGUGCUCCCAUGACGCAUUUGAUAUGGCUCUUGCGUUACAGGAACGUCCUUGUCUUUUUCAGGAUGAAACGUGGACUAUCGUCCGCUGGGGUAAAUGCAAAGUGCUUACCACAACCACCCUCGUGGCGAUCUAUCCUUCUGCCAAAAUCCCCUCUAUGGCGGACGCCGAAAGAGCGUUCUUGGCCUUGGAUAUUCCUCUGUGCCCCCAUCUCCACCUAGGUGAUCCGUGUGUCAUAAAACAAUAUAGGCCCGACCUUGUGGCUCGUCACAAGGUCUGGCCUAUACAUCAGUUCAACACUGUUCAAAAUUGUUGCUGCUUGCAUUGUCGAGGCUUCAAGUGCCGAUUCUGCGACUCCAGAUUCAGGUUUCGCGUGCAUGUCAAGGAAGAACCCCUCACAAGCACCUGUAUUGGGGUAUUGAUAAUGCGAAAUUUGGGUAAAUUAAAGGACCCCAAUGAUCCAUGUUGGCUUAGGCAACUUUCAGUCACCAAAUUACCAGAGUUUAGAACCAAGUGGUCCGAUAGCAUUGUUGCAAUGUACCUAAACUCCAUUGUUGGAAUUCCGCAAGGCGAUGUCGAAACCACCAUGUUUUCAAGGGUACUGGAAAACAAGGCUAACAGUGUUUUGAAAGAGAGGGAUGGUUGGACGACGGCUCCUCUUGGUAAUUUACCUGUUGGGAUCAGGAACCUACACAAACCACUAUGGAAGCCUCCGUUAAGCAGACAGGACAAAAAGUUCUGGCACUGGGAAGGGUAUGACUCCGACAGAUAUCUCGCCGACAAAGAAUUUUUUAUGUAA